GCGAUUGUGUUUACAUGUUGUCAGGCUCUGUAGGGAGGAGACACACUCAGGUGGCCCUUAAUUAACACUCAAAGCCGCCAUAAUGGGACAGACUUUAAGCGAGCCUGUGACACAGAAGGAAACCUCACGCUGCGAGAAUUCUUGGCUGCGUGUCGGGUCUUCUUGUAUGCAGGGAUGGCGUGUCAACAUGGAGGAUGCACACACCACCAUACUGUCUCUCCCAGAUGACCCAGGAACUGCUUUUUUUGCUGUAUAUGAUGGGCAUGGAGGUGCAAGAAUUGCCCAGCAUGCAGGGAAGCACUUGCACAAAAGUAUCCUGCAAAGACCAGAGUACAAAGCCGGUGACUUGGUUGCUGCUGUAAAGCAGGGAUUCCUAGACUUGGACCACUCAAUGCAGACAGAUGAAGUGCUGAAAGAUGAACUGGCUGGGACCACUGCAAUUUGUUGCAUUUUACGAAAUGGUGUGGCUUAUUGUGGAAAUGUAGGCGAUUCCCGGGCUAUAGCUAGUGUUGGUGGCCGUGUUGAAGAGCUAAGCAAUGACCAUAAGCCCAGCCUGGCUUCUGAGCAGCGAAGAAUAACAGCAGCGGGUGGUUGGGUUGAGCUGAACAGAGUCAAUGGCAACCUUGCAUUGUCAAGAGCAUUGGGAGACUUUGUGUUUAAGAAGAAUGAAGAAAAAGGGCCAGAAGACCAAAUUGUUACAGCCAAUCCAGAUGUGGAGGUCAGGGAAUUGACCGAGGAGUGGGAGUUCAUCAUCUUAGCAUGUGACGGAAUCUGGGAUGUCAUGACAAAUCAGGAAGUGGUUGACUUUGUGAGGUUACGGCUGUCCCAAGGCAUGGAACCUGAAGACGUGUGUGAGGAUUUGAUGACUCGCUGUCUAGCCCCAGACUGCCAGAUGGGAGGACUUGGCUGCGAUAACAUGACUGUUAUCCUCAUCUGCAUAACUCAUUCUGGUUCCUGGCGUGAGCUACAGGAGAAGUGUUCCCGACCAUCAUUAGCUCUUAUCAACCAGAACCAUGAGGAAGAUAGCGAUGCAGACCUGCAGUAACAAUAUAGAGAAGGCUUGCAGUAUUCUGUAAAUCAUAAAUACAAAUAUGGACAUUUAUUAUUACACAUGUUUGUAUAGACUAACACAUGUAAAUGCCUCGUUCUUUAUCACUAGGAAGCGAGUUGUUCAUAUUACCUCUUGAAGUGUUGUUUGGCUUUGUAUGAGGCAUGAAGACUGGGCACAAACUGAAGACUAGUUGCAUUAUGAGUAAAUCAAUAACAAAGUGUUGGGUUUCUUGUAGGUCUCUUGUACCUGUAAGUAUUGCUACUGUAUGCUGUGUACUAGAAGUGAAGACCCAAUUGGGGUCUGUGUGUAAUAGAAGCAAAGCCUGUGCCUCUGUGAUAAUGCUGCUUAUCAGUCAAUUUUAACUUCCUCUCUUGAGCGUUUUGAAGGAGGCGGGGAAUUUGUACAAUCCCCAAGGUGAAGAACAGCAGUUGUCUUUGU